AAUAAUCCCAUAGGAAACUUCGUGGAAGCUCCCUUGGAUGCAGAAAUGGACUCACUGCACCCAUUUAACCCCUUCACCUUCCUCCUUCUUUCUCAUCAAUCCCUUCCUCUUCCUCUUCCUCUUCCUCUUUCUUUUUCUUCUUCUUCUUAUUCUUCUCUCUUAUUCCCUCUUGGUUCGCAUUCUUCUCUUUUUCCACAAUGAAACUCAUCAGCAUCAACCCUAAAAACCUCAAACUCAACCCCAAAAGUCUCUUCCGCUCCAAAAAGGGACGCUCCACCGUCUCCAGAUCCGACCCGUCAUCUUUCGGAUCCGGAUCCUCCUCUGCCUCUUCAUCUGAGGGUUCAACCGGCAAGGCCGUUGUCCGAACCCCCACCAGUGUUCUCCCUGGAGUCUCCGGCGACUGGUCCGACGUCUCCGUCGACGUCCGGUACGAGCUCGCGCAGGCGUUCCGGCUCAUCGACCGGGACAACGACGGCGUCGUUUCCCGUGAGGAGCUGGAGGCGCUGCUGACCCGGCUCGGCGUCGUGCCGCCGAGUCCCGAGGAGGUGGCGAUGAUGCUCAGCGAAGUUGACGGCGACGGACACGGGUGUGUCAGCUUGGAGGCGCUCAUGAACCGGGUCGGGUCUAGUUCUGGGUCGGGAGGGGACCCGGAUGAGCUUAGGGAGGCGUUCGAGGUGUUCGACACGGAUCAGGAUGGGAGGAUCUCGGAGGAAGAGCUGCUGAGAGUGUUUAGGGCCAUCGGCGACGAACGGUGCACGUUAGAGGAGUGCCGGCGCAUGAUAGAAGGUGUUGAUAGGAACGGAGAUGGGUUCGUGUGCUUUGAGGACUUUUCUCGUAUGAUGGAGUUGCAGCGAUGAUUAUGAUUAUGAUUGGGUUGUUGAUGAUGAUGAUAAUGAUAAUCAUGUGAUGAUAAUCAUGAUCAUAUGAGAUAUAAAUAUAUAAAAGGAAAGCAACUUCUUCGAUUAUUUCUUAUGUUUGUUAUUAUUAUUAUUAUUUUGUUUAUGAUUUGGGUGUAUAAUUUUCAAAUGCUAAAGUAGAUCAAAUAAUAAAAUGCGAUCUAAAUUGAAUGGCAUAUCUAAGGAUUGG